GAUCCAAACAAAACAGUGCACUACAAUCACAAUCUCCUAACCUUAUUUAUUAAAAAAAUAGUAAAACCACAAAAUUUUCAAAAAUGCCCUACAAAUAUAUCGGUCGCACACACGAUUUCAAAGGUAAAACCUUAUGGGAACUCUUGGGAAACCUAAAAAAUUUCGGAGUAGGUAGAAUAGUUGCCAGAAACCGGAUGGAAAGGUACCCAGAACCUUCCUACUUUAAAAUUUUAAAAGUUGAAACUUUGCCCCAACCCGAAAACGAAUCCAUAGACAAUCUAAGAAAAAUCAGACUCCUAGUAGAAAAAACCUUUAGAGGCAAAACCUAUCCAGAACCGAGACCAUUGGAAUCAGCUUCUUAUAAAACCGACUACAAACUUAUACCGAAAGACGAAGAAGCUGAUUAUUGUAAAGCUUACAAGCCUCAAAACACUGAACGAAUAUUGCCUAGGACAAUGGAGUUUCCUCCUUUACUCAAAGAACUUGUAGCUCGUGAGUUGAAAAACACUCCCUCAACUAAAGAUGAUUUAGAACUAAAAAUUUUCUAUAACAGACAAAGUGUUAAAAUGAAAUAUAGAAUUGCUGAAGAGGGUGAAGAACCAACAGAAAAAUUCACUAUGGGGUUGGGCAAACCAGUAGCGCCUCGUUUAUAUAAAGGAAUUAACUUAUAAAUAAAAAAAAUAAAUAUAGUUAUUUUUUCUUGAAAAAACUCAUAAGCGUAGUUUGAUUAGCAGCAACUGCCUUUUUGGCUCCUUUUUUAGCUUUGCUAGCCUUAUUAGGGCUUAUUUCUGGUUCAGAAUUUGAUUUUUUCUCAACUAAAGGCUUGACUUUUACUUCGGGCAUAUUUUCAUCUUCAGAUGCUGUUUCGUAAACGUAUUCGGUUUCAGUUACGAGAAAGCCUUCAUCAUCUUCAUAGAUUUUCUUUACAGCUUUUCUUCUUUUAUUUUUUGGUACUGGAGGAGGUGCUUCUUUUACGGGUGCUGGUUCUAUUUCCAUUGGUUCGGGAGGCUCUUCGUUGUCUGAUUUUUCAUCAGCAAACAUA